AUGCCAAAGAUAACGCGGCAAAUUUGCAAAACGGCGAAAAUGCGUUUUUACCUGCACAUUUUGCUCCUCUCGUUUGCAGGUUUGUUUAAGUAGUUCAAAAAUUUCGAAAAUUCGAUAUUUUUUUAGCGGUAGUGAAUGGUCAACAUAUUUUCCGGCUUGCAUCCUUCAGCUCUGAUGUUAAAUCGACGCUGGCUAACGUCGAGGAAGGCUCAUUCCUGUUUAUUUCCUCCAGUGAUAACCCCAAUUAUCUCAAGAACAUUCAAAUUGAAACCGCUGGAUCCUUCUACAAGUUGGCAAUAUUUUACUCUCCUCAAUACCAAUUAAAAUUUCAGUGCGUUGGAUAUUUCCACGCGAAUGUUCUCUGCUUCGUCGGGGCGAAAAAUCGGAUUGAAAGUUCUGCGCGGCUUGUCGAUAACGACUACAAAUAAUAAUACAAUUUCUAGCAAGCUUUUUGGACAGUUGUACGUCACUACCGCAGCUCAGGCUCAAGGUUUGAAGAUUUUUGAAAUUUUUGAUGUUUUACGAAGAUUUGGCAGUCCCAAAAGCAGCACCAAAACGGUUUCUAAACACUUUGGCAGUCCUAAAAGCAGCACCGAAACGGUUUCUAAACAGUUUGGCAGUCCUAAAAGCAGCACCGAAACGGUUUCUAAACAUUUUGGAAGUCCUAAAAGCAGCACCGAAACGGUUUCUAAACAUUUUGGCAGUCCCAAAAGCAGCCUUAUAAUGACUUUUGGCAGUCCCAAGCGUUGAGACUUUUUGGUGAAUCUUCCCUUCGGCUUUUUUCUUUCUCGAAAAACAAGUUGUGACUUUUCGAAAUAACAAGAAUAUACUUGAAAGUGAAGAAGGUCUUUCGUCCGCUUCCCUUAGAUCAGAUAAUAAUCUACAAAUAAUCACACUAAGGUGGUUAAUUUUAUUUCAGAUCCCAACUUCCUCGUUUAUGACGUCGUUGCCCGUGAAACCAUCACCCCGACUGACAAUUUGAGCAAAACUUAUGUUCUUUUCAACGUCCAUAAUCGAUCCGUCGACGGCUUUUAUCCGUAUUAUUCCGGCAUCAUUUCCAACUUGACGCAGGAUCCGGUUUGGAACUUUCUGAGUAAAAUUGUUGAAUUAAUCAUUUUAGAACAGCGUCCUUGUGAUGAAUACAGGUAUACCUGGGCAGCAACUUCGAAACGUCACGAAAUUCUUCGCGAAUCCGCUCAAUGACACCGGUGUCAGCCAGUGAGUGUUUUUUUGAGCCUAUGAAAAAAAUUCGUUCCACACGUUUCAAUUAUAUUUCCAGCUUCUUCACCAACAUCGAGCCUCUAUCCAUUCCCCUACCCGUUUUCUACAUUUCUGCAACCCUUAAUGGUCCGACUUUCACUAUGGAAUCUGGAUCAAGUACUUUUCAUAAUCAAUAGUGAUGAAAGUCUUUCUUUAAAGUCCCAGCGACUACCAUCAACACAACCGCCGUAUCGACUUCUGGCUUGAUUCUGGUCAACGACGACGAACUCGCUCAGAACUACACUGUCAAUUUGAACGCCGAUCCAGCUUAUGAUGGCGUCUGCGGAUUUUUGGUUUGUUCAGGUAAUCUAACAUAAGUUUCUCUGUUCCAGUACGUCUCGGACCUGGUCGACAAUGUCGAAGCUGACGGUUUCUUCUACGGAGCCGUUUUGUUCGCUGGCUUCAAGUGAGAAGAAGAGCUUUUUAUUUGAAUUCUUGGGUUAUGAAUUCCAGUUACGACAAUACUGAGCCGUAUGCUUCGCGGGAGUAUAAAUUCUACGCCCAGCAGCUCGGAAUCAGGCCAACCUCGCCUAAUAUGGGCUUUUAUAGCUUCCAAUAUUAUAAUAUAAGUAAGUUGAGAGUUCUAUACAAGAACAAAAAAAAAGAUUUACAUGAACUAUCUCAACUUUUCCUUUCCAGAAGGAGCCCUUCUACCUACACCCCCUACCCCGCAGACGAAUCAACCCACGAACCCAGCAACUUCGAGAAUUCCUAUCACUAGUACAACACAAAAAGCCAUAAUUCCCACCACGACCAAAUCCGCUGAUUUCAAAACGUUCUCCAUUUUACUGGUUUUCUCAGCAGUUUUCCAGCGCCUCUUCUGA